CGCGCACCGUCUUCCAGACUCGGCUGUGACUUGGACGCUGGUACAGGCUUCGCCUGCAGCUGCAACUCGCAGCGCUGCUUUCCUCCUGUGCCCUCCCCACUGGGACGCUCUUUCCAGGACCGGACACCUCGGGGCAGGAAGAUUCUGAAGAUCACCUGGCAAGAUAAGAUACCAGAAAUUGAAAUCCUUUCCAGAGCUGAAUUGCCAAGUGUACUACUGAGGAAAGUAAAAUUCAAAUGUACUUGCAACAUUAUUAUUUACAUGUGUUUGCCUAAAAGACUACUUUAUGGAGAACUCACUCAAGAGUGAACUUACUAGAAGACAGCAAGGACCAACUAUUUUGAAAAUGGAAAACAAAGCAUCAAUGGAUUCUCAUAAAGUUACCAAAGAAUCUGUCCUAAGAGAAGAGUUGAUUUCAGAAGGAAAAUGGGUCAAGCUUGAACAAACAACUUAUGUGGAUCCCACUGGUAAAACAAGAACUUGGGAAACUGUGAAACGUACUACUAGAAAAGAAGGACUUUCUGCUGAUGGUGUGGCAAUUAUUCCAGUAUUACAAAGAACUCUUCAUUAUGAAUGCAUUGUCCUGGUGAAGCAGUUUAGACCCCCAAUGGGAGGCUAUUGCUUAGAGUUUCCUGCAGGUCUCAUAGAUGACAAUGAAAGCCCAGAGACAGCCGCUCUUCGAGAGCUUGAGGAAGAAACUGGUUACAAAGGUGAUGUUGCUGAAUGUUCUCCAGCUGUAUGCAUGGACCCAGGUUUGUCAAAUUGUACCACGCAUAUAGUGACUGUGAUGAUUAAUGGAGAUGAUGCUGAAAAUGUGAGACCUAAACCAAAGCUUGGAGAUGGAGGUAUGUUACCCAGUACCUGCUCUGUGGCUAAGUAUAGUCAUUUUAUUAAAGAAAUUCUACUCCUUACUUUUUUAUGUAUGUGUGUGUAUGUUUUUGUUUUUUAAGAAUUUGUGGAAGUAGUUUCUUUACCAAAGAAUGAUCUACUGAAGAGAAUUGAUGACCUGGUAGCUGAUGAACAUCUCAAGGUGGAUGCCAGAGUCUAUUCUUAUGCUUUGGCAUUGAAACAUGCCAAUGCAAAACCCUUCGAAGUGCCAUUCCUAAAAUUCUGAAACUGACCAAGACUCACCUCUGUUUUUGUAAAUGAGGCCAAUCUUUCACAGUUUGGACUUUGUAUUCACUUAACUAAUGUAGGUUUUGAAUUAGCUUUUUCAUAAAAUAAAGGAAAUAUAGAAUGCA